UUGUUGAGUUCCUAUUGAAAUAUAAACAAAUUAUAAGGAAUCAAGGGGGCACUGCCCGGUAGUUGGUGGCGCGCGCUGUCUGCUAUUCCAGCUGCGAAACCAAACCCAACUUGGAUUUUGCAUCAUGUUUUAAUUUGGUGCAAGAAACGUAGCUAACUCUGCAUAGUUCAAGAAAAAUGAAAGCAUCUAUUUCUGUUUGGUUCUUAGUGGCAUGUAAUGUGGGUGUCUCAUAUGCUAUAGAACCUGUUACAGUUACUGCUGGUAUUGUUGCUGCGGUUUCAGCUCUUUGGGGCUAUGCCGAUAAAACGCAUUGCAGAGUAAUGGAAUGUUGUGAUCUACAUUCAAUCAGCACUAAUGCAAAAAAUAUAUCUGUUUUAGAAGAUGUACUCAGGAGAAAUGUGUACGGGCAACAUCUAAUGCAAGAUAUUGUUUUGAGAGCAUUGAGGGGGCACAUGUUAGCCUCAGAUCCAAAGAAAGCCCUAGUGUUGAGUUUUCAUGGUACACCUGGUUGUGGAAAGUCUUAUGUUAGUGAUUUCAUAGCUCAAUCCUUGUAUGUAAGGGGCAUGAAAAGCCAAUAUGUAAAAAAGUUUGUUGCUGGUACAGACUUUCCUGAUGCCUCAAGAGGAGCUGUAUAUAAAUUAAAAAUUUCUAAAGAAAUCCAGAAAACUGUCGAGAAGUGUGAAAGAUCACUUUUUAUAUUUGAAGAUGUCCAAAAGAUGCCUCCAAGUGUUUUAGAUGCUGUUGUUCCCUUCAUUGAUUAUCACACAGACAUAGAUGGAGUUGAUUAUAGGAAGUCUAUCUUUUUGUUCCUUUCAAACACAGGCGCUUCUUACAUCAACCAAAAAACCCUAGAACUAUGGAGUAAAGGAACACAACGUGAAGACAUAAUCAAACUUCACGAUUUUGAGACUAUGAUAAGACAAGGAGCAUUCAAUGAAGAAGGUGGUCUUUUCAAAAGUGAGACAAUAACAACAAGUCUCAUUGACCACUACAUACCAUUUCUCCCACUGGAAGAGAAGCAUGUCCGAAAAUGCAUACAUGAUGAAUUUUUAAAGUUGGGUUACCCCACUUCGCCCCCAGGUGCAGCAGAGUUGAUAUUGGAAGAAAUGACAUUUAUGCCUGAUGAUGUACAUUUGUACUCUGUAACAGGAUGCAAGAGAGUUUCAGCUAAAGUUACAGCUUACCAUUAUGGUAAAAAAUUCACAUCCUUUUAAGAUGUAUGAUGUACAGUUUUGAAAUUUGUGAUGAGCAGUUUCAUUACCUACAUAUUUGUACUGUACUCUUUUGUUUAAGCAUCACAAUUUAUUUCUUUUGUACUUAUGUAUUAGGAAACUUUGAUUUAGAUUUUGCUUUCUUUGUAUGUGAUGUAUUGAGACAUGAUUUAAUGAAAUUUUAUUUGCCAAUUUAUGUUUGGGGUUCCUUGUCAGAAUGCCAAUAUUUGAUUUUACUUGCCACUACAUGACAAUUUUACAUUCUCAACCUUUAUUUUUUGCUUUCAAUCAAAUUUGUGUUGCUUACAUGUCUUUAUACAUCAUCUUUUCCGAUGAACAGAUCUGUGAUUUUAUGUUAUGGAAAGGCUCUUCUGUAUAAAUUAUUUUACAAAUUAAUUAAUGGAUGAAUUAUAUUAUUAUUAUGGUAGUAACCAACAAUAUUGUUAUAGACACAAGACCUGUAUGAUUAAAUGUCUGAAACCAUAGACAGUAAA